UGCGUGUUACAUUCGAUCGUCGUGCGUUCUCACGACGACGCGUUAUAGUGAUAUGAGAAAGACAAAGAUAAAUAAAUAGAAAGAGAGAGAGAGAAAGAGAGAGAGAGACAUUCCAGUUUUCUCAUAACCGGUGUACUGUUGCUUUCCACGCUCAGCUGACACGGCCGUGGCUUUUCGACCGAUACUCCGAACGAACAGCCUUUCGAGAACAGCCUGCCAGUCGACAUUCGUGAGCGUAACGCGUACACUGCGGAGUUUGUCGCGCUCUUUUCCACUUUUUCCGUUCUAGCGGUUCUUUUCCUGCAUUUCGCGAAUAUUAACGGGAAUACGUCGCUCUUCCCGCUGGACUCGUGAACGAUUUCCCGGCUCUCCCAUCGCCAUUUAUCGAAGUAACAUUACUGUACACGGUUGAAUACAGUUCUCGACGUAAAUUCGGAUUUCUAUAAAUACCGAGAGGCUAAUAUCUAAUAUUUACUCGUGAUAACGAAAACGCAACGAGCGUAGAAUAUGGUUCCGCGUAUUUAUAAUACACUAUGAAGAAAAGUAGUUAACGUGGUUAAAUGUGUUAUAUUAAUUUAUAGUGACUUUUUAAUUCAAGUAUUUAUGUAUCUAGGUUAAAUAUACGUGAGCUGGUGCUCGCAAAGCAUUUUACAUUCCGAUUAAUUGCUAAUACUGCGACCUAUUUUUUGUGAUUGUUUAUCUUUAUGAACAUGGAAACUCGUCGGCGUGUUGAUACCGGCACUCCUCCGGACAGAGCAGCGCAAGGAUCAAGCCUGAUGUCCGUAUGGUCGACCAGCACCGGACGAAAUUCAUUGUUUGGCGCGGAGAGCAGCGGAGCAGUGCUCCCCUCUUCGCAUUUGCCGACCCACGUACACGUGGUGCACGAACACCUGCGCAACGCUGACGGUCACUGCUUUCACAAACCGUUCCACGAUCAUUGUCAGUCAACGAUGUCGCAAGCGGGAGAUGGCCUUCACACACCGGGCUACUUGUCCUGGAGAAAAUUGCAGCUGAGCCGCGCGAAGCUCAAGGCGUCCAGUAAAACAUCAGCCCUGCUCUCCGGUUUCGCUAUGGUCGCCAUGGUAGAGGUGCAGCUGAAUCCCGAAACACAUGUUCCACCAGAGAUGCUGAUCGCUUUCGCCGUGUGCACAACCUUGCUCGUAGCCGUGCAUAUGUUGGCGCUGAUGAUAUCCACUUGUAUACUGCCGAAUAUCGAAGCCGUCUGCAAUCUGCAUAGUAUAAGCCUUGUGCACGAGUCGCCACAUGAGCGUCUACAUUGGUACAUUGAGGUCGCGUGGGCCUUCUCCACGCUGCUAGGCCUCCUUCUGUUCCUGCUGGAGAUCGCGAUACUCUGCUGGGUGAAGUUCUAUGACUUUUCGCAGGUCGCUGCCUGGUCAGCCUGCAUAGUGUUGAUACCAGUGCUGAUAAUCUUUCUUGCGUUCGCGAUACAUUUCUAUCGGAGUCUCGUUGCGCACAAGUACGAAGUUACGGUAUCCGGCAUACGAGAACUCGAGUUACUCAAGGAACAGAUCGAGUCCACGGAUGUAGAGGGCAGAAAUGGCGUGAAUCUUUUGCAGACCGGAGUAACGCAUAUCGUAUGAAUCGGUCUUCGCAAUUUUUCCUGCCGCCGAAAUUGGACUCGCGAAUCGAACGCGAUAAAAAAGAAUUUCCGCUCCGUGGAAUUUCGCACGGCGAGAAAGAGAAAUAGAGACAAAGAGAUAGAGAUCUUUUCUAAGACAGACGUGUUGCGAUGUUUCUCGGAGGAUUCUGCCAGGAAAAUCUUUCGAACGUGAAUCAUUCGAAGAACAUGACAGACAAUUGUUUUCUUCACACAUAUUGUUUUCGGCACGCGCUACAGAUGUUGCGAAGAUUUGGUCAAAAGAUAAGGAUCUUCCUCUUCUUUUUUUUAUACGCGUGUUUCUCUGUGAUGUAAAUUAAUAUAAAUGCGAUGAGACUUCGCUCAUCUGCACGAUGCGCACGUUAGUGCAAAGGAAGGAUACGAAGUUCGAUAACAUCGUUGUAUAUGUAGGCAUAAAAUACAUUCCUUCAUUCGCGUUGCGACUUAAAACAUAGGAAGAAUAGUAUACUUUAAGGCUAUUACCAGAUCCUUCCGCGUGUUAUCGCUGUAUACAGUGCAAAAAGCGAUAAUAUAAUAGUCUGAAUUAUCGAGAGGUGACAUGACUGGCUAUGUACCUAAAUGUACUUAUCUUUCGAAAAAUGUGCUUAUUUGAGAAACGCGACUUUACAUUUAUUAAGUGACGUUAUACUAGGCAGGUACAUUAUAUCUGACACUUUCUGCUAUCGCCGACACACGAAAGUCGAUUUUUUCUUAAAUAGAUAGCAGUUUCGCUUAUCAUUUUUUAGCACGUCAAGUACAUUAUUCUCGUGUACACUGUAUUCAAAUAUUUUGACUGCCGUAAAAAUAAGAAAUGAAAUAUCAAAAAGCGGCGAUUCGGAUGUACACGAUAUCAUUCGAUAUUACAUUUCGAUAAAUGAAAGUCGAAAACGUUCACACAGCACAGAUCAUUCCAGCAACAUUGUAACAACAUUGUAAGGUUCAAGCAAUAUUGCAGUAACAUUGCAAACGUUCCAGCAAUAUUGCUGAAAACUUCUGUGCUGUACGAACAUAAUAGAGGAUAUCCCACCCAAUAUGAUCACUCUAUUUUUGCAGGGUUCUUCUUUGAAUUCCUUUUUGAAUUGGUUUUUCAGCCCACACUAUAUAGGACCAUAGUACCAUGCGAUGAUAAUAGUGUUUAUCCUUCUGAGGGACACACUUAGUAUAUAUCACAAAUUUUAUCUCGAAUCAGCUUAAAGUAGUAAAGCUUCGAUAUGAGGUUCGUCAGAAUGCCAUGGCCUUAAGCCUUUUUCAAGUUGUUAAUUAUUCCUGCUUAAGCAGAUGAUCCAUAUCAGAUGGAGCAACAUCAGAUGAUUGCCUCUUAAUCAGCAACUGGAUGGAACGGUGAUAUUCAGACGCGAAAAAUGUGUAUAGAGCACGUAUGGAAUCGAAUCCGGAUCUUCAGAUCGCGAUUCGACCACCCUGCAUCUGAAGCUAUACGUGCCAUCAUCUUUGUAAGAUAAGAUCGAAUCAAAAAUAUGUUCAUACAAAAGUAUAGUUUGGAGGGGGAUUUGUGCUUACCCUGCAAAGAUGAAAGAGAGAUACGUUGGGUGGGACAUCAUGUAUAUAUCCGAUUAUUAUUUGUACAUAUCAUUUUAGCGCGUGAAAUGCGCUAAUUGCCAAAAUAAAAAUUAAAAAUGAA